AUGUUCUCAGUUGAAGCGGAAAACACCUUGGGGUAUGGAAAAAAAAAAACGAGUAAGAAAUUUACUCAUGGGGGGGUUAACCGAUUAGAGACAGACGAAGCGGUUAAAAGGGAAGGGAAAGGAGCACAUGAGGUGGAUCAUAAUAAGGUGAGGAAUAACGUUCCGAUCAUGUUUGCGAGGGGGAUGAAAAAAGUGGGACAAAAAAAGUGCUUAAUGGGUAGAAAUGGGGAAGACAACCCAGGCGAAGAAACAGCACUGAGUGAGGAAGCACCUCCUUUAAGGGUAAAUCUCACAAGUGAAGAGGCUGAUGAAGGUACGCAUUCGGCGGUGACGAAAGAAGCGAAUAAUGUGAUAAGUAAAAUUACACCCGUUGGCGAACUUCUUCGGAGCAGUAGCCACGAACCCGCCUGGGAUGAUAACACCUUUAGAAGGGAUAAAAUCGCCAUGAGGUACUCCCUCCCUCGAAGGAACAUUACUGUUGAUUGUGAAAAGAAAGGAAAGACAAACCUUUUGGCUAGUCCCCUGAAUGAUUCAAAUAACCCUUUGGCAUGUUACCACAAAGGAUGCCAUCACAGAGGUUGCUGCCCGGAUGUUCCGCAGCAACAUUUUGAGCGCCAUAUUAGUAAAGCGGUAAAUUUAGAAAAAAAAAAAUUGAAAAACUGUGAAGGAAGCAAUUCUGAGAGUGGGAAAUUCACGAAUGGAAGUUACGAAAGUGUGAAGGGACCUAUGUCUAAGGAUUCCCCUUUGGGGAACGCACUCAUGAAGAGGGAUGUCAUCUACUGGGAUAACAACGAUUUUGCGCUAUGUAGAAAUAGUGCGGAUAGUCUAGAAGGCAAACUAGAGGAUGAUGAAAAUGAAGUACACGAAAAUGAGGAGCAGACAAAAGGAGAAGAGACCGAUGUGACCACAGUUAAGAGUGACGAAUCGGUCGAUGAUGCUGCAACACAUGGGGUGCUCCAAGAGGGGGAGAAUCAGCAAAUGGGGAAUUUAAACAGGGGAGAUGCAGCAACGAUUGACGUGGCAAAGGUGGAAAAUUCGCAUAUAGGCAUGAACCACUCAGAUGACAACAUUUUGGAACAUAAAAACGAAGAGAAAAAUUGGGAGCACUCAAAAAUGGAAGGAGAAGCAUGUAAGGGGAUAAACAUUGGGAGUGCUAUAAACCCUGUUAGCGUAGAAGGCAAAAGUGAGUCUGUUGGUUCUGAUGUGGCAUCUCCUGAUGGGGGUGAAAUGGGAGGAUACGUCAAUAUUUGUGGAGAAAAGUGAAUGGAUACACUGGAAAGUCAGUCGCCCCCCCUAAAUUGGAAGUUCGACGUAACGGAUGGAGGAAAGGAGGAUGGGCUCAAAGAAGGAGGGCCAUCACCACAUAGCAUAGUAAAUAUUAACGUGGAGAGGAAGCCAUGUGUAGUAGGUCAGGUGGGACUUAAAAUGGAUAAAACACCAUUGGAAAAGGAAAAAAAUGAUGACAAUGCAUGGAAUGGAAAGGAAGAAAAAAUGCUCCAUUUUAAAAGUGUAAAGUCCGGAAGAGAAGGGAGACAGAGUAACUUAGCGAAGGGGGAGACAAUAAAGUACAAGUUAUUUCACGUUGAUGACAUGUUUAGGAAUACCCACUUGGGUGAACCGAAAGGAGGAGAGGAGGCAAACAAGGAGGACAGAAGAACAAACUACGCUUCUAGCUCAGUUCACCAUUGCGUUGUGACCGCAAAUGACGAGAUGAUCACUCCGGUAGACAUAACUCAGAGGGUGGGGCAACAACAUCCCCUGGUGAGGAAAUCCAAUCAUAGUGACCACAUAAUGAACGUAAUCAGAGGGUCGAAAAAUCAGCGACGAAAUGAUAGCAUGCGAAGUGGUCAUGUUAGGAGCAGCAAAAAUGAGUUCUGCAUUAAUGGUACCAAUUAUGGUAUUAUAAGUAUUCCUAAUUGGGAGUCCAGGAAAAAUAUUCAAGUCAGCACCACCAAGCAAAUGAACUUCACCCAUUUUGUCGGACAAGAUGUGACGAGCAAACCCUUUUGUGAUGACCAAAUAGAGAGUGAAGAAAAAGUUUGUCAGGGAAGGAAUUACUACCCCCCUUUGAAGGAAACCCUAUUGGAUCGAAUUAACAAAUCUAUUUUCGCGACGAAUAGGAAAAACGAAAUGGAUUACUCCUACAUGCAGUCAGAAUUGGAAAAGGAAAAAAUACAUGAACAUCAUCGCAGAGAGAUAAAGAAGCAAAGUGUGAAGGAUGUCUUCCCAUUAAAGAGUGGCAGAACCAUCUUUCCUUUAUUUACUCCAAUACAAAGAAGCGACAAAAUGACGAACAAAAAAGUGUUUCACAUAAGAAAUAGAAGUGUGUACAAAGUGGAAGGUCCAUCAGAAAUGAGACCCACGGUGGAUACAAAUCGGGAAAAUGAUAUUCACGUGAACGAAUUUAUGAGUGAAAAAUCAGAUGUGGGAAGUUCAAACGGGUUCUACUAUGACAGAAUUAAAGAGAGAAACAACCCCCAUGUAAAUAAUUGUAACAAAAAUGAAGACAGGAGGAGACCUCCCUUGGACAGCCUUCUUAAGAAUUGCUACAAAGAAAGAAGAAACAACACAAAUGGUGAGGAGUAUACUAACAAGAAUUUUAUCAUUAACAGGAAUAGGAACAAUUUGAAGAGUCAAAAUAAAGCCUUUGGAAUUAGUGAGGAGGGGACUUCUUCUGCCCUGUUGGCCAACGGUGAGGGGAACUACAUUCAAGAGCACAGUAGGGGGGAUGUCUUAAAGUGGUGCGGCGCUGGUAGAAGUUGUGUCUCAGGUAGAGCUGACCAAUUAACCACGAUAAACGGAUCGGAAAUUAACGUGAAAGGAGGGGAGAUGGAACGAACGUACUUGGAAAGGGCGCAUUCAGAAUAUCAUAUAACGAUGUCUGAGGAUAGCGAAAAUGUAAAGGAACUGACCAAGCAAAAAACAGAGGCAAAUUUAUGUGGCAAUAACCGCAUUGGAGAGCAGGCAGAGAAAUUUAAUUUUUUUCAUAGCGAGAAUGAUUUAUUUAACGGGCAGAAGUUAAGGCUUUAUUUUUCCAAAGGGAAAAACGCUCUGCAUAGUGGGAUUUUUAAAAUAAGGGGCGAAACUGGGAUAUUCUCAAUUUUUAAAAAUUUCCCCUUUUUCGGGGAAGGGGCGAAAAUGGGUGAUGCGGAGGGGACCGAUCAGGAAUCGAUUUCGUAUGAAUGUAAAUAUGACGCCGAGUUGGUUUGUCGCCCGGGGGGGAGGAAACUGCGGGAUGUUGUGGAAACGGGUGCGGAAGGUGCGGAAGUUGCGGAAGGUGCGGAGGUUGCGAAAGUUGCGAAAGUUGCGGCGGGUGCAGCGGGUGCGGUCGAUGGGGGAUGUACUGGAAAGGAAGACAAGAAUGAUGAGACUGGGGCGACUGCAGUGAAUUCGCAGAAUGGAGCUCGUGAGGUACAUAAGAUCAUUUGUGGCACGAGCGAAGCGGAGGAGCCCUUGUGUGCAGGAUCGGACGACGAAGCAAGGGGCGCGAUUGGCCAAAUAGGUAGCAGCGGUAGAAGCUGUAGUAACGGUAGUAACGGCAGAAACGGGAGAAGCGGUGGAAACGGAAGAAGCGGCGGAAACGCAUGUAACGAGUUCGCCGGCGGAGAGACAUCCCCGAGGGAAGGUGCACAAAUGAGUGCACUGAGUAACCAAAAGGAUGAAGUAAAGGAUGCAAAGGGGGGGACUCUUACCGAGGCAGACAAGUGCGUACUUCGAAGGGGUGACGAAGAAGGGGUCGAAAUUGGCACUGACGUUGCGAGGGAAGACAUUACAAACAAAGUGUGCGAAAUGAGUGGGGUCGAAGAACAGGAAAACUUGGAGGAACAGAAAGGUGCUUUGUUUGGCAGGGAACAGAUUGACUCCUUUUUCUGCCCCAAAGAUGGAGAGCUAAAAAUGGCGAACAGUGCCAACUUGGGAUGCAGCGAAGAUCGUGAUUUGAAGAGGCAAAAAAGUGAUCCCACAAGAAGCUCAAAUGAGAUGCUAGAGAAUUUCGAGAGGAUUGCCGAAAGGAUCAACUUCAUUUUAGAUGAUACCGUUAAGUUUUUUAAGAAAAAUUUGUAUGUGCAUAAUGGGUAUGGCUCUGUGAAGAUGUACAAAGAGGAGAGGGGGUGGUUAGGCGAGAACACAGUGGCUAAGUGGUCUCGCGUGUACAAAAUUAAUAAGGUGGUUUGUAAGGGGGCGCACGGGGUGGUGUUUUCCGCGUGGAUGGGGGAGGAAGGGGAUGAUAGGGGUAAGGAACUUGAAGAGGAGGCGGAAAAAGACGCAGGCUUGGCGAAGGAAAACGAAGCAGGCGAGGGAACCACAGAAGUGGAAGGGGCAGCGGGGGAUAGCAUCGAUCAAAGGAACGAAGAGGGCAGAGGUCAAGGCAACGAUGGGGGCAGAGGUCAAGGCAACGAUGGGGGCAGAGGUCAAGGCAACGAUGAGGACAGAGGUCAAGACAACGAUGAGGGCAGCGUUGAAGGCAACGAUAAAGACAGCGAUGAAGGCAACUAUGACGAAGAGAACUUGGUGACCCUGAAAAUCAUUAACUUGCGCUAUUUAAGUAAAAAAAAUAGUCUGAGGAGAAUCAUGAAGGAGGUACAUUUCUUGCAAUUUUGCGAUCACCCCAAUAUUGUUAAGUACCACGAAUCCUUUUUCUGGCCUCCGUGCUACCUGGUCAUAGUGUGUGAGUUCCUCUCAGGGGGAACAUUAUUUGAUUUAUAUAAAAAGUGUGGAAGAAUAACUGAAGAUGUGUUGGUUCACAUUCUAGACGAUGUAUUAAAGGCGUUAAAGUAUUUGCAUAACGAAUGCCCCUUAUGUUUAGUCCAUAGGGACAUCAAACCGACGAACAUCGUUUUUUCGAAAAGCGGAAUGGCAAAGAUAAUAGACUUCGGGUCCUGUGAAAAGGUAGAAGAUGUAAAAUUGCAUGAAGUUGUGGGAACUCUUUAUUAUAUUUCUCCAGAAAUUUUGAAGAGAGAAAAGUAUGACUGCUCAGCAGACAUUUGGUCGUUAGGAAUAACUAUAUACGAAAGUGUCAUGUGUGCAUUGCCAUGGAAGGGGAAAAAAGAUAUUGAGGAGUCUAUCCAACAGAUUGUGGAUUCCUCUCCGAAAAUUAAUCUGUGCUCCGGUUUUAGCAAACAGUUCUGCUUCUUCGUCGAGUCGUGUUUGCAAAAUAAUCCUGGAAAAAGGGCAAAGGUUGAACAUCUACUGGGUCAUAAAUUUUUAACGAAGAAGAGACUCCUACGGCGGAAACCGAGUUCCAUUUUCGAAAUUAGGGAUAUACUCAAAGUGAACAAUGGGAAGGGGAAAAAUAAUAUUUUUCGAAAUUUUUUCAAAAAUCUUUUUUUCCUUAAUGAUAUGAACAAACGGAGAAGGAACAAAGCUUUGAGCUCUAAGUCCUGCGAACCGGAAAUGUUUUACCAGCAAUUAAAACGAGAGAACUUUGACUUCUUCGAAAUUAAGUUGCGAGACGAGAACAGUAGGUCUUUGGGCCACUUGCACGUGGGUGGAAGGAAGCCGGGGGAACCUGAAAACGAAGAGGAGGGCAAGGAAGGCGGCCAAAAUGGAAAAGCAGGGCCAAAUGUGCUCGACGACGGUGAUGCAAAAUGCACAGAGGGGGAAGUCCAACGGAUGAACAACCUUUCCUCAAACUAUCUCGAUUCAAAGGAGGACAUAGCGAAGCAGGCGGGUGAUGCCUAG